AUGGGGUCUUGUUUGGUGUCUUCAAUUGUCAAAGAUAAGGUUCGUAGCAAUCCUUUGGUAAGGCCUAUUGAGCUGAUUACUGAUUUGAAGGAGAAUUAUAGAUUGGAUAUCCCUUAUCAUGUUGCGUGGUAUGGGAAGGAGUCGGUUACUAAGGAUUUGCAUGGUGAUGAGGAGUGUCUAUGCUCACCUGCCUUGGUAUGUCAAUGUUUGAAGGCCAGUAAUGUCGGAUCUCAUUGUGUGCUUGACUGUGGUGAGGAUGAUUCUCGUUUCCAGUGGAUCUUUAUAUGUUUUAAGGCCUCCAUUGAUGGUUUUCGGUGGUGUAGGCCUAUGCUGUUCAUUGAUGGUACUUUCGUCACAAACAAGUACAAGGGUACUCUUCUAGGAGCUACUGCAAAGAAUGAAAUGAAGUUGUUGACUUCCAUUGAGUGGUAUGAACAGUGGAGUUAUGCAAAUAAAGUAUUCCCUUUUGCCUUGCGAUUGUAUCCCGGUGAAACUGUGGACAAUUGGAGUGGUUUCUGCAAAGGAUAUCUGAAGUCUUGGUGGAUGAAGGAUGAGUUGAAGAAUUUAGCUGCAAAGGGUCGUCAUUGGAGGAUAUGUCGCGCGAGUGAAUCUAUUUUUGAAGUUCAUGCUGAUUUGAGUGUUAUGGUCAAUUUGGACAAGAGCAUGCGAUUCAAGUUAUCCAACAUUCCGGGUUAUGUUUGUACAACUUUGUGGAUGAGUAUUACAAGGCAGACUUUUAUAGGGCUACUUAUGCAACCCCUAUAUUUCCCAUACCCUGAUAUUGAGAAGCCUCAUCCUUGCGAUGUUUUUCUUCUACCUCCUCAUACAAGAAAGCCUCCGGGACGACCUCCGACAAAGCGCUUCAAGUCAAGCAGUGAAACUAAAAGGCAGGUGAAGUGCAAGAGAUGCGGUUCUUGUGAUCUUCAUAAUAGGAGGACUUGCAAAGUUCCUAUUUGA